GCGACCCGCCUGGCGAUGGCCGGCCACCACGACUGGUUCCCGAGCGCCCGGGUGCCCAGCUUCGCGCAGAUGCUCAAGAGGAACCUGCCCGCGCCGCCCGCGCCCUCGGUGUCCGCACCUGCGGGGCCCGCCGCGGACGGGCUGGGGGGCCUGGCCUCCAAGGUCACGCCGGUCACCGGAAACUUCCCGGAGCCGCUGCUUUCCAAGGGCCUUUCGCCCGUGUCCAACCCUGUGCUGCCCCCGAAGAAGAUCCCGAAGGAGUUCGUCAUGAAGUACAAGCGCGGCGAGAUCAACCCCGUGUCGGCCUUGCACCAGUUCGCGCAGAUGCAGCGCGUCCAGCUUGACCUGAAGGAGACGGUGACCACAGGUAAUGUCAUGGGACCAUAUUUUGCUUUUUGUGCUGUGGUGGAUGGCAUUCAAUACAAAACUGGACUGGGACAAAAUAAAAAGGAGUCUAGAUCCAAUGCAGCAAAAUUAGCUCUUGAUGAGCUUCUACAGUUGGAGGAACCUGAGCCGAGAAUUUUAGAAACAUCAGGUCCUCCUCCCAUCCCUGCAGAGCCUGUUGCUCCACCUGAAGCAGCAUAUGUUUCUAAAGUACAUUACGAAGGGAGACAUGUUCAGUAUGCAAAGAUUUCACUGAUUGUUAAAGAAACAUUUAAUCAACUAAUUUCUAGUCAUUCUGAAUAUCUAAAAUAUAGCAAUUCACUGGCUGCAUUUAUAAUCGAAAGAGUUGGGCAUCAUGAGGUGGUGGCCCUGGGCACCGGCGAGUACAACUACAGCCAGGGCAUUAAGCCGGACGGCCGGGUGCUGCACGACACGCACGCUGUGGUCACGGCGAGGAGGUCUCUCCUGCGGUACUUUUAUAGACAGCUCCUACUCUUCUAUAGCAAAAAUCCUGCUAUGAUGGAAAAGUCAAUAUUUUGUACAGAACCAGCAUCUAGUUUGCUCACUCUCAAACAGAAUAUCAACAUUUACCUCUACAUGAACCAGCUACCCAAAGGAUCAGCCCAGAUAAAGUCCCAAUUGCGCCUUAAUCCACAUUCUAUAUCUGCCUUUGAAGCCAACGAAGAGCUGAGCCUCCACGUGGCUGUGGAGGGCAAGAUCUACCUGACCGUCUACUGCCCUGCGGAUGUGGCCAACAGAGUCAGCAGCAUGUCUGCCAGUGACAAGCUGACCCGCUGGGAAGUGCUGGGUGUCCAGGGGGCGCUGCUGAGCCACUUCAUCCAGCCCGUGUAUGUCAGCAGCAUGCUGGUCGGUGAUGGGAAUUGCACUGAUACCAGAGGCCUAGAAAUUGCUAUAAAGCAGCGUGUUGAUGACGCCCUCACUUCAAAACUCCCCAUGUUUUACCUGGUCAACAGACCUCACAUCAGUUUAGUUCCCUCUGCAUAUUCUCUCCAAACAAGCCUGGAGUCUAAAUCCCUGAGUCUGAACUGGGCACAAGGGGAUAUCUCUCUGGAGAUCGUGGAUGGUCUAAGUGGGAAGAUCACUGAAAGUUCCCCAUUUAAAAGCGGUGUGUCGAUGGCAAGUCGUCUCUGCAAGGCUGCUAUGUUGAAUCGAUUCAACCUGCUCGCCAAAGAAGCCAAGAAAGAAGAGCUGCUGGAAGCGGGCACAUACCAUGCCGCAAAGUGUCUGUCUGGUUCCUACCAAGAAGCCAAAACUCUGUUGAAAGCCUACUUGCAGCAGCAUGGCUAUGGCUCCUGGAUCGCGAAGUCUCCCUCCAGCGAGCAGUUUAGCAUGUGAAUCAGGAGACCCACUAUUAUUAAAGCCUAUCGUUGGUGUGUUUUGACUAGUAAAAAUAUCUUGAAUUAUUGGUGGCCUUCAACUUUCAAAAUAAGCUUAGCAACAAAACUUUCUAGAGAUUGCUGAAAAAUUAUAAAUGUUGAUGUCAAUUUGCAAAACUUUCCAGAGAUUGCUGAAAAAUUAUAAAUGUUGAUGUCAAUUUGCAUUGAA